UCUCUCCUUUCCUUUUCCUUUUCCUUUUCCCUGUUCCCAAAUUUCUUGUUCUACCUCCUUCUGGGCUCUCUCUGUGCUCAGCCUGCCUUCCGCCGCUGUCGCCGCCCAUUUCAGCCGCCGAAGCCGCAAUUAUAGUCGGCGUUAAAGCGUAAAACACAAUUCUUUCUCUCUCUUUAAAUAAAACUACCGAAACAAAAACCCUUUCUUCCCCAAUUAAAUUUUUUAUUUUUAGGGUUUACAGAUAACAAUGGAGGAAAUAGACCAUUACAUAGUUCUUGGGUUAGUUACAGGAGAAGAAGGAUCAAAGCUCACUGAGAAAGAAAUUUCAACAGCAUAUCGAAAAAAGGCUAUUGAAUUGCACCCAGAUAAAAAUCUCAACGACCCAGAUGCUCCAGCUAAGUUCCAGAAACUUCGAGUUUCUUACGAAAUUCUCAAAGAUCCCAAAGCUAGGAAAGAAUUCGAUGAUUUGCUUAGGGUUAGAAGAGAGAAGAAGGUUCGAGAUAAGCAAUUCGAUGCGAAACGACGUCGGAUGAUGUCGGAUUUGGAGGAGAGAGAAAGGGCAUCGUUUGUUGAUCCGGAGAAGAAGGCUCGUGAUGAAGAGGAGGCUAUUAUGAAGAAAUUGGCUGAGGAAAUUGCUAGAAUUAAAGCUAGUUUGGCGAAGAAACCAGUGUUUGAGAAGGAGGAGAGGAGAGAGAAUGUGGGUGGGGUUGCAUUGGAUAAGAGUAAGGUGUUGAAGGUGAGUUGGGAGAAGGGUGAUUCUGAAUAUAGCGCGAGUCGAUUGAGGGAAUUGUUUGAGGAAUUUGGAGAUGUUGAAGAUGUUGUGAUUAAGGGUCCUAAGAAGAAGAGUUCUUGUUCUUCUGCACUUGUUGUUAUGGGAUCAAAAGAGGAUGCUGUUGCUGCUACUGGAGUUAUGAUUGGGGAUUUAUCUAAUCCAUUGCUGGUUUUGCCUCUUGAACCAACUAAACCAAUGCCUUCUGUAAGAGCCCAAGCGCCGGUGGAGCGAGACGAAGCACCAAUGGGGAAUGUUGUUGGGGCUGGAUUUCAGGCUUUUGAGGAUUCAGUUCUUGAUAAACUCAGAAAGGCUGCAGAGAAACAAAAAACAAACAAGAAGGAAACUUAAGACAAAGUGCUAUUGAUUUCACUGCAGAAGCUCCGGGCUUCACUGAUGGACUGUUGCUUUGGAUGACUGCUUCCUCUUGACAGAAGCAAAAUUUAUCUUCUGGGAUCCCGUCAAAACUGUAUGAAGAACCAUUUUCCAUCACGAGUUUGCACGACAAUGGCCCAAAGGUCUCGGAGCUUGUAAAGCUGUAAUGCUUUGAAAAAUCUUUGUAUAUUUAUACAAGUUGAUUGUCGUCUUAGAAUUAUAACUCAGCCACAAUUGUAUGUACAUUUACUUACAUAAGAGCGUGUAUUCGUUUUAAAUUGCAACAAUUUAUUGAUCUGGGAUAUAGAAUACGGAUGUAGUAUAGCAUAGCAAAAUAUAACAUCACUAGCAUUAUUAUGAUAAAUGAUGCAUUGGGUAUAA